AUGGUUUCGGAAGAGCUCCUCGAGAAAUGCUUGGAGAUCCUCCAGGAUCAGGCCCUGGAUGAAGAAGAGCAGGUAGAGAAGGUUGAAGAUUUCUUGCGCGCCAACACCUCCCUUUCUGGGUCGCCGCUGGAGAACGCUGUGUUGGACAUCCUCUGGCGCCAUCGCAACCGCUCGCGGCCCGACUCGUCUCCCCCUCCCGCUCGCCAUACCGUGAUUCGCAGGUCAUCUCCGGCACCAUGGCAGAUGCAGCGCGCCUCAACUCCGCUCUCCCCUCAUUCGAACCUGGGCACCAGCCCCGGGAGUACCUCGUGGGUGCAGAGCUCGCGCGGGGCAUUCUCCCGGCCUCCGCUUUCCUCGACGGCCUCACCGUUUACCUCGCCGCGCCCAUCGCCCCGACUCGCUCUCGCACAACCAAUUCCCCAUUCUCCCAGUUUGAAUGCCUACGAGUUCUCCGAUCAAAGCCAAGUAUCGGAAUUUUACAGUGAUUUUGGUAAUGACAGUAAUGUCGACUGGCUAGUGGCAGACGAUGCGAAUAGCACUACUUCCUCCACGGGCCUUAGUGUCCCCGCGUCGCUGAGCGCGACGGCAGUGGAGUUUGUGCCUGAUAUGAGCCCACAUGAUAUUUUGCGGACUGUUCUAGGCGACAAACGCUCAAACGACGAAAUUGAAACGGCCCUGGAGGCCAACGGUUAUGACCUCGGCGCUACCAUUGCAUCCCUGACGCAGGAUACGGAUGCGGAUGGAUUCCCGAGGCAACAAGAUGGCCGCGUGGUGGUCGGAAAAUCCAUGAUAAUGGAGCAGCGGCCAGUAACGCCCUCGGGGCACAGUCGCAGUCCUAUAGUCUGCAAGUACUGGCUGUCUACCGGGCAAUGCCUACGCGCGGACUGUCGUUUUAGCCAUGAUUUGACGAGUCACCUAUGCAAGUACUGGGUUAUGGGUAGCUGCCUGGCCGGCGAAGGGUGUCCAUUCUCACACGAUCCCGAAAAACUAAUAUCCAACAUUAGUCUAUCAGGUAGUAGUCGACCAGCCUCGCCCGCCGGGUCACCGUUCCAAAUGGACAGUGGCUCCGAUGCUUUCCCGCCCUUGCAAUCAUCAGCAGGGAUGGAAGACCAAUGGUCAAAUCAAUAUGGUGGUCGGUAUCCUACUCAUCUCUCCGGCGCCAAAGCGAUCCCGCCGGGACUCCACCCCGGCAUGGGCAGACGAAACGGGAGCAUGACCCAUUUAGGACGGCCAAACUCGCGCCCGACCAGCCGUCAUCAAAACCGGGAGCUGAACCCUACAGCUCCGUCCGUAGAUGAUCCAGAUGCCUUCCCAACUCUUGCUGCCGUUAGUGCAAAGAAUGCCGGCAAGAAGAACAACGGCAAGCGAGGCGGCAACAACCGCGACGUGUCCAAAGAGACCAUUCCCUCCUCCCUGGCAGACGUGGUUCGUAUGACGCCAUCCCCUACUCCUCCCAAGGGGAAAUCCGCCUCGAAAAAUGGCAAAGACAACAAGAGUCGUGAAAAUAGUGCGGCUGCCAUGUCAAUUCCAGCUCCACAGAACAUCCCUUGGCUCGAGACCGGUGCGCGCGCCAAUCAGCAAUACAUCAAGUACCGCACUGAAGCAAUUCGCCAUGGGACCGUGCGGAACAAGUUUCUCCAGAGCGCUGCGCAAGCCUGGAACAGAAACGAUGCUCGAGCUGCCAAGGCACUGUCCCUCCGAGGCCAAGCAGAAAACGACGCGAUGCGUCGUUGUCACCGAGAAGCCGCACGUCAGCUGUACGAAGAGCGUAAUCAGCAUUUGGUCCAGGCUGGCCUGGACGAAACUUCGGAGGAGCUCUACGUUGACUUGCACGGCCUACACCCAGAAGAGGCGAUCGAAUACCUGGAGAAAAUUCUCCUCAGACAUGCCCGUGAAGGUAUCCGGGUAGUCUAUGCUAUCACAGGUACCGGUCACCAUUCGAAGAACGGCAAGGACAAGAUUGGCAAGGCCGUCAAAGCCUGGCUAAAUGAAUGGCGAUACUUGUUCAGGGAAUUCAGUGUUCCCGGUGAGCGCGGAGGCUAUGUCGGAGGUAUCCUCGGCAUUGAUCCGACCAGCUAUGACAAGUCUAUGGCCAGAACCAUAGCGGAAGGUGACGACUCUGUGGGAGUGGACGAUGGACAACCAAACCUCACGAUAGGCAAGAUCCAACUGCUCAAGCGCGAGGAUAUAGAAACGCAGAAUCAAUGA